AUCACUCUUUUUCACUCAUCACAUUUUCUUCCAUCAAAAACAAAAAAUGGCAACAAAUUUCAUGGAUGAAGAAAUUCCUAUUGUAGUUUCACGCCAGGAUUUCCCUCCUAACUUUGUGUUUGGUGUUUCAACUUCUGCUUAUCAGGUUGAAGGAGCAGUUAAUGAAGGUGGCAGGGGUGAGAGUAUUUGGGAUGUUUUUGCACGCAAAGAAGGAAAAAUCGUAGAUGGAAGUAAUGGAGACAUUGCUGCAGAUCAAUAUCACCGCUACAAGGAAGAUGUCGAACUUAUGUCCAAGCUGGGAUUUGAUGCCUACCGAUUUUCUGUAUCAUGGCCUCGUAUUUUCCCUGAUGGUUUGGGAACGAAAGUCAAUGAGGAAGGAAUUGCCUACUACAACAAUCUCAUUGAUGCUCUGCUUGAUAAAGGUAUGCAGCCGUACUUAACAUUAUACCAUUGGGAUCUACCUAACUAUCUUCAAGAAUCAAUCGGAGGAUGGUUAUCCGACGAAAUUGUAAAAUAUUUCGCAAUAUAUGCUGAGACUUGCUUCGCGAAUUUUGGGGAUAGAGUAAAACAUUGGAUCACAUUAAACGAACUUUGUUCAACUUCGGUACAUGGAUACGAUGUUGGGACACAUGCUCCUGGGAGAAGUGAAAAUCCUUCUACAGAACCUUAUUUGGUUACACACCAUCAACUUCUGGCUCAUGCAGCGGCUGUUUCCAUUUACAAAAACAAGUUUCAG